AAAAGGGAAGUAAAUUUACAUCAUUUCCGGUGACGAUAACCCUGAUUGUGCACUCGUGUUUUCAGCUUCAGAACGACAUGAGAUUUAACGAUCUUCAAAGUAGCUAGUUAUCAUGAACAGCUAUAGGACGGUUACAUUGGCUUGUAAUAAUGAUGUUAUAAGGACAUGUAAAGUGGUAAUUCGCUCAGGGAAAACGGGCAGUAUUUGUCACAUAUCGAAGGGAGUAGCAUCCUUGCUUACCCGAGCACAUGCUUCUGCCCCGAGACGAGAGGAACCACCACCAGUGUCUGACUCUGACAAGAGACCGAAUCUGAGAGCCAUCGACCUUGCACGCAAAAUUCGCCAGGAGAAACAGAAAGGAAAUGCAACUAGUGGUGGGUCAGACGCGGCUGUCCUUAAUCCGUCGGUGCCAGUGUCCCAACUGCAAAAGAGGGUCAUCGAGCUGCGACAGUUCACUCAGCAGCUACAGAAUGUUCACCCCAACGUUCUUGCAAAGCACCUUCACAGAGGUCUGAUCCUCCCACAUCCAGAGCUCGCUGUCGUUAAUAAACCCUAUGGAGUUUCUGUUCAAGAUGGAUCAAGCAACAAAAACAACAUCUCAGAAGUGCUUCCAAUCCUUGCCAAGAUGAUGGAUGGAAUAAGGGCUGGGUCUCAGCUGCACGUCUGCCUUGGAUUAGACAAGGAGGCGACAGGGACCCUCCUGCUGGCAAGGACUGAGGAAGCACUGGACUAUGUACAAAAUCUUCACAAAAACCAUCAAGUGGAGAGGAAAUAUUGGGUUGUUGCUGUGGGUGUGCCUGUUCCCUCUGAGGGAGUGAUUGACAUUCCCGUCAUAGAGAGAGAGGUCACAGGGGCACAGCCUCACUUCAAGAUGGGCCUGAGUCCUGUGUAUAGGGUGAGUGACGGGGGCGAGGGAGUGACCAAAGUGCGGGCCAAUCGGCAGGCCCAGGGUGCCGUGACUCAGUACCGUGUCCUGGACAGCAGCAACGGCUGCAGCCUGGUAGAGCUCCAGCCUAUCACAGGGGUGAAGCACCAGUUGAGGGUCCAUAUGGCAUAUGCUCUAAGAUCUCCUAUCCUCGGAGACCACAAAUACUCCCACUGGACCAAACUGGCACCUCAGAAACUGCCAGAUGGUGUGUUGCGGAGGCUGGGACUGGAACAGAGCAAGGUGCGUUAUCUGCCUCUCCACCUGCAUGCCCGUCAGCUGACACUGCCAGAGUUCAAAGGUCAGAGUGACAUUACGGUGUCUUGCCCCCUGCCAAAGUAUUUCACCAGCACUUUGCGACGACUGCAGAUCCCGAUUCCAGAUGAAUGAUGCUUCAGCAGUUCCUGUGCUGUGCAGACAUGAUACAGAAGACUUGCUUCAGAAAUAUGGAGCAGCAUCACUUCAAGUGACCCUUGGCCUAAUGCUUUAAGUUUGUACCUGGACUGGGAAUUAACUAUGGCAAAUAAAAUACAUGAAACCAG